GCCAAAAAUAAAACUUAUUUCCAACGUUACGCACUAGGUCCCCAUAAAAUAGAAUGCACAGACUCCGACGAACUUCCUCGCGCGAAGAGCCAACGACUUCUCCAAACUAAACUUCUUCCUCUUCUCUGCAAAUUAUGGCGGUUAAUUCACCGACUAGUCGCUGCGCCGCUCAGCUCAGCCGCUCCCUCGCUCCUCGCUCACCUCUCCCUUUCUCCAACCGGACCUUCACGCGACCCGGAAUCCGCCCCGACCCGGCGACCCCCAGGCUCGUCUCCGUCCGUAGCCAGACGCCGUCUCCGGACGCUUUCCGAUCCAAGCGGCCGGUCGGUCUCGGCGAGCCCGAAGCUCCGAUCGGGUCCUCGGGUUCUUCGUCCACCUCCUCGGCCAUUGAUUUUCUCACGUUGUGCCACUCUCUCAAGACUACGAAAAGGAAAGGGUGGGUGAAUCAUGGAAUAAAGGGCGAGUCGAUUGCUGACCACAUGUACCGCAUGGCUUUGAUGUCUUUGAUUGCUGGUGAUAUUCCUGGUUUGAAUAGAGAAAGGUGUAUUAAGAUUGCAAUUGUGCAUGACAUUGCAGAAGCUAUCGUUGGAGAUAUAACACCAUCUGAUGGUGUGCCUAAAAAGGAAAAGAGCAGAAUGGAGGAAGCAGCUUUGAAUGAAAUGUGUGUGGUUCUUGGUGGAGGGAUGAGAGCUGAAGAGAUCAAAGAACUUUGGGCAGAGUAUGAAAACAAUUCUUCUAUAGAGGCUAAUCUUGUGAAGGAUUUUGACAAAGUUGAAAUGAUUCUGCAAGCAUUGGAGUAUGAAAUGGAACACGGAAAAGUGCUGGAUGAGUUUUUCAUUUCUACAGCAGGAAAAUUUCAGACUGAUCUAGGAAAGAGUUGGGCAGCUGAGAUCAUUUCUAGAAGAAAUACACGGCUGGGAAAAAGCCACAACUGAUUCCUCUUUGCAGUCAAAGCCACUCUUUUUCAAAAACACCCUACUGUGCAUGUUCCUAGUACUGCAGGAAACCACACCAGCUAAGCGACAAAUCUGAUAUAACAUCUGUGGAGAUCUAAACGCGAAAAGAGCAAUGAAAAUGUCAGAUGGGUGAAGACUGCUAACUGAAUUGAACAUGUAGGGAAACCCUAGAUUCAAGCUAAUCGAGUAUUUCAUAUUUUUGAAUUUCCAA